AGAUCUUGGACUCUGGUUUCCAUCAGUCCCUCCCAAGCAGCACAGGCAGCAGUAGGAAAGCAUCAGAACCCGCAACAGGCUUUGGAACUCUCUGACGAGCCCUACUCAGUGGAGACGUUGGGGAUGGAAAAGGGACAUGAAUGAGCUAACACCGAGUCCUGUUCAUCCCAACCCAGUCCAGCAACAGAACUUGGCCAAGUCUGGCUGUCAAGAGACCCGUCCGGCUGCUCAGGCGGAGGUGCUGCUUUUUCCAAGGUCUUCAUCUGGCCUGAGGCGGCAAAAGAGAGACUGGGUCAUCCCUCCGAUCCUUUGCUCUGAGAACGAAAGGGGGCCUUUCCCCAAGAACCUGGUGGCGGUCAAGUCCAGCAAAGAAAAAGAGGGCACCGUCUACUAUAGCAUCACUGGGCAGGGGGCCGACAGCCCUCCGGUUGGCACCUUCAUCAUCGAGAGGGAAACCGGCAUGCUGAAGGUGACUCGCCCGCUGGACAGGGAGAAGAUUUCGCGCUACCAGCUGUUUUCCCAUGCGGUGUUAGCCAAUGGCCAGACAGCAGAGGACCCCAUGGAGGUGAUCAUCAGUGUUGGUGACCAGAAUGACAACCGUCCACAGUUCAUCCAGAGCGUCUUCAAAGGGUCUGUGGAAGAGGGAGCUAAACCAGGUAGUCCAGUGAUGCAGGUGUCGGCCACCGACAACGAUGACGCUGUGGACACCCUCAAUGGGGUUGUAUCUUACUCUAUUCUCAGCCAGGAGCCCCCAGAGCCACUCAGCAACAUGUUCACCAUCAAUUCAAAAACAGGCCUCAUCUCCUUGAACAAAGCGGGCCUGGACAGAGAGAAAGCCCCCAAAUACACCCUGAUCCUGCAAGCCGUAGAUAUGGACGGGGAUGGCCUUUCCACCACCGCAACUGCAGUGAUCCAGGUUGCCAGCUCCAGUGAGGGCCAUCACACAUCCCUGAGCGUCCAUGCGCUGAACGUGUUCACUGGCCUUCCUGCAACCGGCUUGGCCGUGCACCUCUCUCAGCUUGAAGCCCCCAACGAGGCCUGGAUGGAACUAAUGACAAGCACGACCAGCAUGGACGGGCGCAUGGACAAGAGCAAGCUGGCCUCCCUGCAGCUGGAAACUGGCACCUACAAGCUGCGCUUUGCCACAGGAGAAUACUGGCAGCAACAGGGUCUCACCAGCUUCUACCCUUACGUGGAAGUUGUCUUUACCAUCACAGAGGCCGAGCGAAAGGUGCACAUCCCACUGCUGCUCAGCCCCUAUUCCUAUGUGACCUACCGAGGGAGCUAGUGCGAGAGCCGGGGCUUCCCUUGGGAUCCUGGCCCACCCAGAGGGGACUGCACCCAAGACCAGCUGUGACGCCAGCUCAGGGUCUUCUCUGAGGAAACACAAGCCUAAUAAAAGAUCUACCUUGCAA